GUUACCGCAAAGUAGUACCAGAUGGGUAGCGUUCCGGGAGUGGCGAUCCUCGGCGCUGGGAUCUUCACGACCAGUCAGUACCUCCCUAUCCUCUCCAAGCAAAGCUCCACUGCGCCCAUCCUCAAAGCCAUUUGGAGCCGAUCCAAGGACGCUGCCGAGAACGCUGCCUCUUUAGUCGCAAAGUUCUUCCCAGAUGUGGUAGCAAAGUGGGGAGAGGACGGCUUGAUCCAAAUUCUAGAGGACAGUAGCAUCCAUGCAGUUGCGAUUGUUCUCCCAGCGCAAGUCCAGCUGGAGUAUGUCCAGAGAGCUCUCAAGUCGGGUAAACAUGUUCUUCAAGAGAAGCCCAUUGGACCCACUCUCUCGGAUGUGCGUGACGUUUUAUCGUAUCACAGUGGCAUGGGCUCGCAAGCUCCGGUUUGGGCUGUUGCUGAAAACUAUCGCUUUGAACCCGGUUUGAUCGAGGCUGCGAGGCUAGUCAAGAGCAUUGGCGACAUGAUGUCUUUUGAAGUCAUAGUAGAGCUGCCGAUGAACAGCUCCAACCCAUACUAUUCGAGUGCCUGGCGACGAGAUGUUGGUUUCAAGGGUGGCUUUGUUCUCGACGGUGGCGUUCAUUUUGUUGCGGGGCUGCGCCUGAUCACAGGUUGUGAAGUGACUCAAGUAUCAGCGAUUGCUCGCCACGUUGAUCCACUGCUGCCUUCCCCGGACAACGUAUCUGCUCUACUGCAGCUCGAGAAUGAGUGUGCUGGUGUUCUUGUUAUGUCAUACUCUUGCACAGCGAGAAAGGUAAGCUGGCGAGUUUUGGGAUCCAAAGGAACUGUAGAAGCUGUUCGUGAUCAGAAAGAUGGCAGUCAUGGUUACCUGGUAACAUUCUAUCCUCUGGGAGGAACCGUGCUUAGCAAGUUCUUUCCGUUUUCUGGAGUGGAGAACGAACUUAAGGCGUUCGUAGGAGACGUGUCCCAGAUUGUUUAUGAGGGAAAAACUGCGGAGGAUGCUGAUAAACGCAGCAAUGUUAUUGAAGCUUAUCACGACGUUGCUGUGAUUGAGGCCAUGCUCAAAUCGAGCAACAACAAAGGAUUUCCAGUCCACGUUGAUAGAUACGAGAAGGAGAUAUGAAAUGCUCUUCAUUUUUCUUUCCAAAGGGUACACAGAUCGAGUGAAAAAAUCACACUAGAAUAUAAAAUCAUCACUCACGCUUGUGCUUGAGGCCGCCA